AUGGGAGAUGAGAUGUUUCCUGUGUCCUUCUCUGUAAUAUUCGCGGUAUUGAUAGCAGCACAAUUUCUCCUUGGACUUGUUCUUAAUCUUGGAAUUCAGAUAAGUGCAUUAUCACAACAAAUCUUCCAGGUGAAGAGUGGCAACUUGUUUGUUCGGACACUAGGCUGGAUCGACGCCCUGAUAUGCUUAACAUUGAUGCCCUGUACGUUUGUAAUAAUUGUACUUUUUCCCAGAGUAAAUAUCGUACUGUGUGCCGUUCAUGAGGGUGUGAUAUCAAUGUCUAUAUCGGCAACGACGACAUGUGUUUUGUUUAUAUCUCUGGAUCGUUACGGGGCCAUUGUUACUCCAACUUCUCAACGACUUACACACAGAAAUGUCCUCUAUAUUAACAUACUAAUUGGCGUGGCCUCGGUUUUGGGGUUUUUGUUCCCUUUGGUGUGUCUCUGCUUCGUCACUUCCAUAGACGUUCUGACACAAAUGACAUCAUCGGGAAUGUUUUGUCGUGACCUUUUAUUGAACGCAAAUUCGGUUUACAUCUACGAAGUGUAUUUUAUCAGUCUGGCGUCAGUCUCUACCAUUACAACUGCGAUAUGCUACGUGAAAAUCUACAGAACCGCUAAAAAGCGGAUGAAGGCAAGACAAACGACUGUAAUGAAUAACGAGGGUGAAAGGACGGGUGGGCUUAGAAUUUUGUUUAAGUUUCAUGAACGGAAAACGGUUUGGCUUUCACUGGCAAUUGUUUUCACAUUUUUCCUUUCAUGGGGACCUUAUAUUCUCAUCGCUAUAUUACAGAUAUUGAUGCACAUAACACUUCCAUUAGAGAUGUCUAAAAUGGGUCUUCUAUCACUUGGGAUGAUUUCAACAGUUCUACAUCCGAUAUUCUACACAUUUCUCAAUAGAAGGGAAAGUCGGCGUGAUCAAAUGAAACGAAUAAUGAUAGACGCUGGUAGUGGAGGUCGAUUACGUGAAUAUCGAAGCCAACAGGAAACGACCUCGGCAGUACAAAGCCUUGUACAUAAGACGAUUUCACAGAGCAUCUCGAUCGGUGUGGGCAAUAAACACGACAUGGAAAUAUUUACAACAUGCCAAGAACCGCCAAAAACAAGUUCAAGCGAAACUGAUGACGAGGUGUUUGAACAUGAACACAGCCAUUUAAGUGUAUCACGGAAAUUAUUUUCAGGAAGAAAAGACAGACACACCUCCUUUACAGAUCAUAGCGGACGAGAGUCGUCCAUAUCGGAAGCCAGUGGUAAAAAGCUUCCUUUGUCUUUCCGAUUGUCUAUUGAUCUGGAUUACGUGAAAUUUCAAAGUGAAACUAUUGAAACAGAGAACUGUGCUCCUGAACCCAGCACAACAUCACUUAGCGCCGAUAGAUGUCAAACUAAUUCAACACUUGUCGAAACAGCUGACAGUGUAAGUGUUAAUAUAGAGUCAGAUGGAAGACGGAAAGCACGGAAUAGCCAGGCCAGUGUAGGACAGUAUACAAAUGCAGCAUUCGAACCUUGA